ACCAUAUCUAAUCAACAUAGCCAUAGGCAACAUGAUAGACCUCUGCUAUGGCACUUUAGAGCUUUGGCCUGGUCUUUAGCUCCCCCCCCAGACCCCAGUUCUUUAUAUAUAUAUUUUGACUUUAUUCCAUUUUGUGUCAGAAUUAUGGGAGCCAAGAUUGCCAUAUAAAAAUUCCCUUACACGUUCCCUCUAAUCUGCAACCCCCACCAGUUCCAAAGCCAAAACAAUUUACACCUUCAAACCAUGAAGGGCAAUGAGCAGCAGACCUCUUCAACAUCGUAUGAUCCUUCAAUCAAACCAGAUGCAGCAAAAGAAGACACCAGGAGCAAAAGGGCCAAGAAAAAUGACCAUCUUGAUGCAAGAAAAGGGGAGAAUCCCACGUAUCACGGCGUCCGAAGACGCAGCUGGGGCAAAUGGGUGUCCGAAAUUCGCGAGCCCAGGAAGAAAUCAAGAAUCUGGUUAGGCACUUUUGCAACUCCAGAAAUGGCAGCUAGAGCUCAUGAUGUAGCAGCAAUUGCAAUAAAGGGCCACUCCGCUUUCCUCAAUUUUCCAGACUUGGCUCAUCAGCUCCCCCGUCCGGCCUCAAAGUUGCCGAAAGAUAUCCAAGCUGCAGCGGCAAAGGCAGCUGCAUUAGCAGCUCCAACAAGCCAUGAUGAUCGAGAAUUGAGUCCGGACAAGCUAGAAGAGCCUUAUUCUCCUGAGGGUACAGUGACAUCUGACUCUUCAGCUUCUCCAGUACUAAGCCAUAAUGGUAGAGAUGAUGACCCUUUUCUUGACUUGCCUGAUCUUUUCUUCGACCUUAGUGAUCACCAAUUCGAUGAAUUCUGCUACAAAUCGCCCUGGCAGCUCGCUGGUUAUGAAUCUACUCAGGGGGAAUUGUGGACUGAAGAUCUAUUCUUGUGGGAUCAUUGCUAAAUAUAUUAAUACCAAUAAUUAGCGCUACUUGUGAAAAUAAUUUGUUCGUGUAACUAGCUAACCUGAUAAUUCAGAUAAAUUUGGUGGA